UCUUAUCUGCGGUGUAAUCUAUCUAUCUAAUUAUUUUGAAGCAUCUACAAUUUUACGCUUUAGUCAUUUCGAUUUUUUCAAUUAUGGACAAUACAGACAUUAACGUGAACUUUAAAGAUAUAAAAUUGUUGGAAUGGAUCGGGAGAGGUAGCUUUGGAGAGGUCCGCAAAGGAAUCUGGCGAAUUCAUGGUCAAGAAACAGAUAUUGCUGUGAAAAUUACAACUUAUAAUGAGAAGGAAACGAUCAAAAAAGUCCAUCGAGAAGUCGAAAAUCUACGAAAAUGUAUUCAUCCGAAUAUUAUUAAAUUGUACGGAGUCUCUAAAAGCAGAGACAACAGAGAUUGCCUUAUUUUGGAGUAUGCCGAUUGUGGAUCACUCUACGAAUUCUUGCACUGCACGAAGAGAGAAGCUUCGUUCAACGAGAAGAUUGAUUGGAUGCUACAAUGUGCUAAGGGGAUAGAGUAUUUGCAUACAAAAAACAUAGCUCACCGGGAUCUUAAGACGCAAAACUUGUUGCUUUUCAAUGAAUAUCGCACGUUGAAAAUUUGUGAUUUUGGUACAGUUAAAGAACUUGUGACAAAUAAUACCCAGGAUGUCGGGACUGUUUGUUACAUGGCACCAGAAGUUUAUGUAGAACUAUAA